CUCGGCUGCGGACGGGACAGAGCUCAGGCUGCCUGCUCUGCGCUCUCCAGAUCUCUGGCGUAGUCUCCCCGGCUGACCCAGUGGGCACUGAAGACACCAUGUUCAGCUGGCUGAAGAAGGGUGGGGCUCGGGGCCAGCAACCCGAGGCCAUCCGCACUGUGACCUCGUCCCUCAAGGAGCUGUACCGCACGAAGCUUCUUCCCCUGGAGGAGCACUACCGCUUCGGGGCCUUCCACUCGCCAGCCCUGGAAGAUGCUGACUUCGACGGCAAGCCCAUGGUGCUGGUGGCCGGCCAGUACAGCACCGGCAAGACCAGCUUCAUCCAGUACCUCCUGGAGCAGGAGGUGCCCGGCUCCCGCGUGGGUCCCGAGCCCACGACCGACUGCUUUGUAGCUGUCAUGCACGGCGAGACAGAGGGCACCGUGCCAGGCAACGCCCUGGUCGUGGACCCGGAGAAGCCCUUCCGCAAACUCAACCCUUUCGGAAACACCUUCCUCAACAGGUUUAUGUGCGCUCAGCUCCCCAACCAGGUCCUGGAGAGCAUCAGCAUCAUCGACACGCCAGGCAUCCUGUCAGGUGCCAAACAGAGAGUGAGCCGAGGCUACGACUUUCCGGCUGUCCUGCGCUGGUUUGCUGAGCGCGUGGACCUCAUCAUCUUGCUCUUCGACGCCCACAAGCUGGAGAUUUCCGACGAGUUCUCAGAGGCCAUCGGUGCCUUGCGCGGCCAUGAGGACAAGAUCCGCGUGGUGCUCAACAAGGCGGACAUGGUGGAGACGCAGCAGCUGAUGCGUGUCUACGGGGCGCUCAUGUGGGCGCUGGGCAAGGUGGUGGGCACGCCCGAGGUCCUGCGCGUCUACAUCGGCUCCUUCUGGUCCCAGCCGCUCCUGGUGCCGGACAACCGGCGCCUCUUCGAGCUGGAGGAGCAGGACCUCUUCCGUGACAUCCAGGGCCUCCCGCGCCAUGCGGCACUGCGCAAGCUCAACGACCUGGUGAAGCGGGCGCGGCUGGUGCGGGUACACGCUUACAUCAUCAGCUACCUGAAGAAAGAGAUGCCCUCGGUGUUCGGGAAGGAAAACAAGAAGAAGCAGCUGAUCCUCAAGCUGCCUGUCAUCUUUGCGAAGAUCCAGCUAGAGCACCACAUCUCCCCUGGGGACUUCCCCGACUGCCAGAAGAUGCAGGAGCUGCUCAUGGCACAUGACUUCACCAAGUUCCACUCGCUGAAGCCGAAGCUGCUGGAGGCGCUGGACGAGAUGCUGACACACGACAUUGCCAAGCUUAUGCCGCUGCUCCGGCAAGAGGAGCUGGAGAGCGUGGAAGUUGUGGUGCAGGGCGGUGCGUUUGAGGGCAGCCGGAUGGGGCCCUUUGUGGAGCGCGGCCCCGACGAGGCACUGGAGGAUGGCGAGGAGGGCUCGGAAGACGACGCCGAGUGGGUGGUGACCAAGGACAAGUCCAAAUACGACGAAAUCUUCUACAACUUGGCCCCUGCCGAUGGCAAGCUGAGCGGCUCCAAGGCCAAAACCUGGAUGGUGGGCACCAAGCUACCCAACUCAGUGCUGGGGCGGAUCUGGAAGCUGAGCGACGUCGACCGAGAUGGCAUGCUGGAUGACGAGGAGUUCGCCCUGGCCAGCCACCUUAUCGAGGCCAAGCUCGAGGGCCAUGGGCUGCCUACCAACCUGCCCCGCCGCCUGGUGCCGCCUUCCAAGCGACGCCAGAAGGGCUCCGCCGAGUGAGACCGCAGCGACCGCUGGCUCUCCCUCCCACAAUGCCCUGCUGCGGCUCCCCAGCAGAUCCCUGCUCUGGCCCACUCACCUUGCCUGCCUAUCCUGCCUGGCUGUAAAAACUUGGGGGGCGGGGCUUCUCUCCCACACCAGGCAUUCAGUGAAAGCACUUACAGAGGACCAGGGGUAGUGACAAACCUCUGUCCUUCACACCUCCACGCUCACAUACCCAUGGGCUUAUCACAGAAACACACACCAUUCAUAUAUUGACUUUUUUCUUUUCUUUUUUGAAAGUCUCUUACAUAACCCGGGCUAACCUUGAACUUCCUCCGUAUGUAGCUGAGGAUGACCUUGAACUUCUCAUCGUCCUGGCCUCACUUCCUGAGUGCUAGAGUUUCUUGCAGGCAUGAGCCACCAUGCCUGGUUUUUGCAGUGCUGGGGUGUGAACCCAGGGCCUCCUGCAUGCUAGGCAAACACUCUAUCAACUGAGCUAUGCCCACCGCCCCGUCCAGGUAUUUAUUGAGCACUUACUGCGUGCUGGGCACUUGUGGAACUGACUCUCAGGAGUGUGGCAUCUACAUAGUCACACAGACACUGCUGCCAGCAAGACCCCUUGUCUCUUUUUAUAGUUGCCUAUAAAAAAGCAGCCAUGCUAGGCUUCUCCGUUACGUCUCCAGGUCGCAGGACCAUCGGGAGUUCGGGGGGAACACCUGACCUCCUCCUUCCUCAUAUGGACCCCCUCUUUCACCUUCUUCCCACAAAUCCUGAAUUCUGACCACACCCAUUUCACAAAGAUUCCAAAAAUGAAAAAACCCCAACUUCCCACUUCCUUCCAUCCUCUGCCCUGCGCCCCUAGUCCCCUCGGCAUGUGUGUGGGUUUGGGAACCGAAGUUUUCCACCCUCUGCCCAUCUUCAGGUCAUAUGUAAGUAAAGUCCCUCAGAGACAGAGGCCCAGGAGUGGGGUGCCCUCCUGAAGCCGGGGUGAAUAUCUCGGGGAGAGGGAAUUCUUGGUGCUUUAGCCUUUCCUCCCUAAGAGUUGCCCACCCCCAACUCCUUGUGUCUUCACCACCUUCGUGCUCACCCUGGUGGGGACACCGAGGAAAAGAUGGGGUGGCGAGGAAGGACAGCUGGAGGGGGCUGGGAACCGGAGAGUGUCCCCCACACGGCCAAUAAAGCCAAGGCUGCUGUUUGUGUCUCUGUUAGGCUACCUUGGGGCGGCGACCCCUGAGGAAGAGGCACCUGGGGGGACCAUUCUGGCUCACAGGGGCGGGGCAGCCUGUGAUUCAGCCCUGCGCUGACUCAGUCUUGGGCUGGGGGCCAGCCCUGCAUAUUUUCCAAAGUAAAGUUACUCAGGGCCCUCCCCACCCCCGGGACAUCCCUCCCUCCUGCCUCCCGCCGCUGGGCCUGGGAACCCAGUCCUGACGUGGACCGGGGCCAGUGCCAAUUUGUGUGUAGCACGUCCUUAGUCCCCUAAGCGCCCUCCAGCGCACACUGACACGACUUGAAUGCACCAGAGCAGAUUCUGCAGCCGGAGACCACUGGGUCCUGGGGAGGAGGGAUUAGUGUCGGAGUGAAUGGGACACACACCCACCGCACCCGGACACACUGGCCUGGAGAGCCUCUCGCCCACGCGUGCCCCUCUGGCGGGAAGGCAGUCAAGUCACUCAAUCCAGACUAUCACCUCCACACCCUGCUCCGUUCCCCUCCUGCUACGUGCCCCUCCGGUUGCGAGCCAUGACCCGGUGUGUGAUGAGUUCUCACCCUGUGCCUUUUUCCUUUAAGGGUCUGGAAUAAACGCUCUUUGUAAUCCCAGCAUGCAGCAGCUGGGAUUACAAAAGAUAUGGGGGAGGGGGAAGGUAUGUUUUUAAUUCCAGCAAUGGUGGCCAAUGCCUUUAAUCCCCGUACUGGGGAGGCAGAGGUAAGUGGAUUUCUGAGUUCAAGGCCAGCCUAGUCUAUAGCGAGUUCCAGGACAGCCAGGGCUCCACAGGAAAAACAAAACAAAAAACAAGGAAACAAAAAUGUGUGGCUGUAGCCCACUAACAGUACUUGCCCUGCUUGCAAGGCUGUCUGGUUUCCAUGCUCAGCGAGGCCUGAAAACACAUACAAAAUCCCAUGUAGACCUCUCUGGAUGACUACCACCGCCCAGGGGCCUCUGGGGGUGGAGCAGUGGCAUAGCCCAUGCUCAGAUGCUAGGCACCACCUUAAGCGCUUUAACUUUUAUCUUCAGAAAAACUUAGCAUUUUUACUCUUGUCUCACAGCUAGGGAAACUAAGACACUGCAUAGUGCAUUGCCCACAAAGGAAGAUUCCGAGCCUCCCGCCUGAGACAUUGUAACAUUGCUUGAGGAUCACAUUCUGUGUCCAACUUAGACCUUCCUAAAGUUCUUCCAUUUCCAAUUCUAGGAUUGGAACUUUAAAAAAAUAUUUAGAGCUAGAGAGAUGGUCCAGUGGUUAAGAGUACUGUCUGCUCUUCCUGCGUUCAGUUACCAGUAACCAGAUGGUGCCUCACAACAGUCUACACCCUCUACUGCCCUCUUCUGGCAUGUAGGUGUACAUGUAGAUAGAGCACUCAUACAUACAUACAUAAAAUCUUUAAAAAGUAUAUAUUUACUUUGUAUUUAUGUAUGCCUUUGAGUGCAUGCACACACACACAUAUGUGUGGACACCAAGAAGCUGAAGUUUCAGUUGUGUGUCACCAUCGGGAUGAGAGCAGGGUCUUCUGGGAAGAGCUGCCGGCACUUUUAACAGCUGAAGCAUCUUUCUAGGCCACACGCUCAGCUUCUUAUCUAAGCUUUGGGGACUCAAAUUCAGGUCCUUAGUGUUUGCCCAGGAAGCCCUCUUACUCUCUGAGCCAUCUCCCCAGCCUCUGUCUUUCAUUUUGAGACUCGGUCUCUCUGCCCUGUACUCAUUCUGCAGUCUAGGGUAGCCCAUGAACUCGUGAUCCUCCUGCCUCAGCGCCUCCGGAGUAGGGUUAGGCAUGAGCAACACUUCCCAGCUGGGUUGUUUUAAACGUGUGUGAACGUAAACAUGAAUGCCACAGCGUGCCCUGUGACGGCUGAGAACCACCUGCUUGCAGAAGCCGCCUCCUUCCUUCCAGCAUACGGGUUCUGGGGAUUAACCUCAGGCUUGGUAGCAACAACCUUUUACCUAUUGAGGCAUCUUGGCAGCCCCGUGCCCAAUAUCUUCUUUAAUAAAAAAAAAAAAUAAU